UGAUAUUUCCUAAUCCAGAACCACUACCUCCACUCGAGCGUCACAAACUUUUGUCCAGUCCAAUAGAGUCCAAUCUUCUGUGCUAGCUUGUUACCAUGUCACUGAUAAAUGCCAUCGUUGCCCGAGGAUCCACUAUCCUUGCUGAACACCAAGCCCCAGAGCAGCGAGACUUUUCGCAUGCUACGCAGACAAUUCUUUCCAAGAUCCCACUGAAUAACAGCAAGUUAACCUAUGUAUGGGAACAGUAUCUGUUCCAUUACGUCUCUGAGGGAGGCUUCACUUUUCUGGUCAUGGCAGAUGACUCUGCAGGAAGGAAGAUGCCAUUUGCUUUCCUAGCGGACUUGCAGCGGAAAUUCACCGAACUCCCAUCCUCCUCGUCCGCCGUACUAAGCUCCACCCCCGCAUACGGACUUCAAGGCACCUUCUCUCCCACUAUCGCAUCUCUCAUGCACACGUACAACACUGCUCCUCCAACGGACGAAGUUGCCCGCGCCCAAGCAGAGCUUAACCACGUCAAGGACAUCAUGGUCCAAAACGUCGAGCAGAUCCUGAGCCGUGGGGAGCGCAUCGAGCUACUCGUGGAUAAGACCGACAACAUGGCUACGCAGGCCACCGCAUUCCGGCGCGGCGCCAGGACAGUCAGGCGCCAGAUGUGGUGGAAGAAUAGCAAGAUACUGGCAUUGUGUGUCUUGGUUGCGCUGGUAUUUUUGUAUAUAAUUGUUGCUCAGUUCUGUGGGGCUGGCCUACGGUGCGGCGCGCAGUCUUGAGUGUCUCGAUGGUCUAAACUGUGCUUAUUUACUUGUAUUGCAUAAUAUCCGGGCACCAUAUGCAUAUGUACUCUCUGGACAUGUACUUAUCGGCACUCAUAUAUAUUGGCCUUUCCGAGA